GUUUAUACUGCAAUCCAACGAUGCUGGCUGGCCAGGUCACCAUGGAAACCAUGCGAUCGAUGAAUUUGGAAUUGGGCGGCAAAGGGCUGCAUUUGGCCAAAUUCGCCUCGAUCCUUAACAAGAAGUUGAGCAAUUUUGAAGAAUUCUGGUAUGUGCCUGUUGUAGGUGAUGGUUCUUAG